CUGCAGCUAGCAAGGCUAGACUGGCUUGCCGCCCCAGGCCUAUGUAUUCCCAGGGCUCUGCCCCCUUCCCGUCAGGUGACUGCUUGGGCUGGGUACAGGUGCUUGCUAAUUGUCUCAUUUGCUUGUUGCCCAGGCAGCCUGCAGCUGGUGCAUCCUGCCUAGCCUGCAGAACUCCCUGCUUAGGCUGCUUCUUCUCUUAAAGAAACAGAGCCCCCAGGCUCUGUUAUAGACUGCUUAGAUUGUCUCUGCCUAGCCUAUAUAUCAGGCAUCCUUUCUUUAUAGGCUCCAGCUUCCUUGAUUUCUCUUGAUCCUUAGCACUUUCCUCCUGGAGCCCUGAAUCUAGCUACCAAGUGUGAGAGGAAACAAGGAGUUUGAUUCCAAGGAAUCCAAGCCUUUGACUGCACAAUGCUUUUGAAGCCCAGACAUGUAUUAUCCCCAUCAUAAUGGGGUUGCUUAAAUAUCUUCUUAAUCUGGACCUACAAUUAGAGUGCCAAAUGUAAAACAAGUUAAUGGUUCUUCUUACAAGAUGGAAAGUAAAUUGUUUUUGUGUGUAUUGGUGUCCUGUUGGCAUUUCCUAAAUGCUUUGUUCAGAGUCGAAGUUCCCCAGACACUGUACGUUGUAGACUACGGGAAUAAUGUAACCAUGGAAUGCAGGUUUCCAGUGAAUGACCACUUAGAGCUUAAAGAUUUAAGUAUCAUUUGGGAGAAACAAGAACAAAACACAAAAGAGGUUUACAAACUUCAUAAAGGGAACGAAGACUUUACAACCCAACACAGUGACUUCAGUGGAAGAAUAAAACUAUUUCAAGAGAAACUGAAAUUGGGACAGUCUUUGCUUCAGAUUAGCAAUGUAAUGUUCACUGAUGCAGGCAAUUACCUCUGUCUCAUUGGCUAUAGAGGAGCUGAUUACAAAAAGAUCACCUUGAAAGUAAGGGCUCCUUAUAGAAACAUAACCACAAGAACUGUACCUAUCCAAAGUAGCAGAGUACACAAAGAAAACGUGCUAACAUGCAAGUCAGAAGGAUAUCCAAAGGCAGAAGUCAUCUGGCAGAAUGGAGACUACCAUGAUUUGAGUAACAAGGCAAAUACAAGUUAUGAGACUGGAACUAACCAACUGUACCAUGUGACAAGCACCCUUACAAUUGACAUAAGGAUUAAUGAGACUUUUCGCUGCAUAUUUUGGAAUAAACAGCUUCAAGAAAACACAUCUGCUGUUUUUAUCAUAUCCGGUUAUGAUGAAGAUAACAGCAGACACCAUGGACUAAUAGGUGUGGCAGCAUUUUUCCUUGUAUUAUUGCUGUUAUGUUUAUUCGGGAUUAAAAAAGCCAGAGAAUAUAAGUACAGUAGGACGUGUACAAAAAACUCAUUACCGGAUGUGACAGAUGUACGAAUUGAAGAGACUUAGCUUGUAUUAGCAGGAGAAGGUUUUUCUAACUACACCAUUUUUAUUUUAAAUCCUGGGUCUGAUCCCUAUAUCAUUUAUGCCAAUGUAAAUCAGGAAAAACAUAAAUGCUAUUACUGGACCUACGUUUUGCAUCAUGGCAUCAGAGUCAGGCCUUCUAAUAUAUAUGUUUGUAUUUAUUUAAGUGUCAAGAUGUCUGCUUUGUCAAUGAUGCACUUUCAGGAACGUUAUUUAUCUUUCUUUUUUUUUUAAUAGUUUAAAAUUAAAAGCACUUUAAAUUCUUGACCCUAGUUAAUUUCAUACUCAUUUUUUAAAUAUUCUGUUUUGUGAGCUCAAGUUUUUCUCUGAGCUUAGAAUUUCUUGCUGAGACCACACCUCUUUCCAACUUCCAUGGAUAAAGCUGCCAUCACUUUGCUCCACACUAAGGAUUUGGAUGGAAUGAGACUGAAUGCCAUGCAUGCAGGCCAAUUUCUUUUGUACCUGGAUUUCAAGAUAUGGACAAUGUGUAGUUAAGGCUGAAAAAUGCUUCUAAACUCUUUUGUAACAACAGGGUUCCUCCUGGUUUGGGAAUCAGCAGAUAUUACCCACAGGGCACUUAAUUUUUUGUACUUCGAGGAAGACUUUACUGGGGCUUAUUGUUCCUGGGAAUGAAGUUUGCACUACUGGCUGCCUGCUGGUCACUAUUCUGAUCCACUGCCUGCUGAUAAUAUAGAACUUUGGAUCUUCCUGAAGAACAGCUCAUGAAGUGGACAAUCUUUUUCUUUCUUAGAGAGAGUUGUAAUGCAACACGUUAUGUGAAGCAAAAGGGACAUUUGUGAAAUCAUUCAGUAGGUACUCUAGCACUGAUUUCUGGAUUCCAUUCAUUAAGCUAUUAUAUUUAAUUGUAUUUUGCUAGCUGCCUAGCUGUCUCUGGAUGCCCUUGUGUCAUAAAUAAGAAUUAUUUAUUACAAUAAAAUUCACAAUUAUAUUUUUUUAAUAAAA